GUUUGCAUAAUACACCAUGAUAAACAUGUACAUGCAUUAAACUGUUAUUAUUUAAACUUUGAGUCUGCAAUGGAUAUAGAUGUAAGUAAUAUUAAACAGGAAUGUGACAGUGAAAUUGGUGUAUUAGAAAUUAAAACAGAGCCGAUUGAGAAUGCUGGAUUAAACGAGUUUGGUUUAUGUGAACCUUGUAAAGGUGACGGCAUUGUUACGAAGGCGGAAGGUAAAUGCCUGGAAUGUGAUGAUUCAAUGUGCUCCACGUGUUUCCGCCAUCACCGGAAGGCAAAACCGUGUAGAUAUCAUACGCUGGUGGGGGAUACAACGAAACAAUCCGCGUCGGAGGAAAAUGAAACACGGAUAAAAUGUAAACAUCAUCCUGCGGAGAAAAUUGAAUUUUAUUGCCAAAAUCACGACACGGUAGGAUGUAGAGAGUGUAUAGUAUUGGCCCAUAAGAGUUGUAAGACAGAAUUAAUAGAACUUUUAUCGACGAAUUUUCAUGAAAGUGAAAAUUUAAAAUCGUUACUAACGAAGCUCUCGGAUCUCGCAUCAGCGUUUAGAGAAUGUGAGUUGAAAAGAUGCGACGCCAAAACUGAAAAUGAAGUAAUGCAUGCACAAGCCUUAGAAGCAAUUAAGAGUUUCAGGAAAGACAUUGAUAACUUCCUCUAUGUAGAAGAGAGAUUUAUAUUUUCUGAGCUUGAAAAAUUAAGAAGUGAUAACUCAACAGAACUUGAAAAUUUGGAGCGAGAUAGCAAGGCCAUAUUAUCAAAAAUUGAACGACUAAAACAAAAAUUGGACACGGGCGUUUAUCACGGUGAGGCACUGUUUAUAAACUCCGCUAAGUGCAAACUGUAUAUACCCGGAAUAGAAAAGGCUUUGGCAAAAAUAACAUCGGGAGGAAACGCGAGAAAGUAUACAUUUGUCCCAGAUAAAUAUUUGUCAGGUUUGGUGGACUCAUCAAAACACCUUGGGCAUUUCGAGACAUCGGACUGUAAGACUGUGGCGCCUGAUCAACCUGUAGCGGUCCUGCACGAGAAGCAGCCAGCGGCCCCUAAAAGCCCGCGGAGAUCAAAUGUUCAAAAUACCGACAACCUAAAUAAAGGCAAAAAGAGGAAGAGAAACGAAACAAGGCAAGUAAAUGCUGUGAAAGCUAAAGUUGGGUCCAGAGUUCGACCAGGUCCGUGCUUUACGUAUGACUGGGACCAUCGCAACAAGCCGGGUACUGUGACGUCAUUAGAACCAGAUGGUACAGUAACGGUAGAGUUAGUCUGGAUUACCUGCCCUUUUCUCUGCGUUCCUCUGCGUUCAAUAGUACUAAAAUUUAUAGUACGACGGGAACCAGACUACGGUAGAGUGGGAUGCAACAGGGAAGUCAUGGUCCGGAUAUCGGGUCGGUGCUGUGUGGAAUGGGGUUGA